AUGAGUAUUUUGAAAAACCACAAAUCAUCAGCCACCCACAGCGAGAGGCUUAAUAAUUUUAGUCAUAAUGGAAAAAAGGAUAAAAAUAUUGGCAUCUCCAUUUUUAAAAAGACAGUUAAGAUUAUUCCUCCCGAGCCGAAGGAUAAUCGAAAGAUAGUGAAGCAAAUGUCGGACACUUGUAAAGAAAAUAAUUUGACCACUUCGAUUAAUAAAAAGAACUUUUUAUAUAGUUUUCAACAUAAUGAUUUAUAUUGUUGGAUUAGGAAAGUUGGCUCGACGAGUUUUACAAAAAUCUUUUCCGAAAUGAACAAUCGAAUGACUACGCGCAAUUAUUACAAAGAAGUUGAGUUCUUGGCCCCAAAGACCGAUGAUAUAUUAAAAGAUUCGAAAGUUUUUAAGCUCCUUGUAGUGAGGCAUCCAUUCGAGAGACUAGUUUCUGCAUUUAGAGACAGAAUAGAAGAUAAUUCAAAGUAUACGGCACAAUCGUGGAUUUAUGCUCCAAAAAUAUUUCACGUAACGAGACAAGAAUUAUUCGAAUCGUCCGGGACAAUCGACGAAUCUGUAUUUAAAAUCUUUUAUGAAGAUAAAAGAUUAAAAUUAAUACCGACGUUUAAAGAAUUUGUCAAGUGGCUUUUACAGCAAGAUUCCGACAAGGAUGAUCCACAUUGGAAUCAAUAUUACAAACAUUGUGCCCUUUGUUCCAUUCAAUACGAUUUUGUAUUGAAAUUAGACAAUUACACAAGCGGUGAUAUCGAUUAUAUGUUUGCUCGAAUGCAUCUUAAUGAAAAUGAUGUUUAUCUACCAAAGUUGGAACAGACGAAGGCAGGAUGUACUAAUUUCGAAGAAACUUGUAAUUACUUCAAAAAUCUAUCGCACGAAGCGGUUGUUAAUUUAUAUGAAAAAUAUAGAAUUGACUUUGACAUGUUCAAUUAUGAAUUUGAUAAGUAUUUUGAAUGUACGGAUGGAGACUAAUUCAUUCUUUCGUUUCUCAAUAAAUUUUAUUAGCAAAACA